AUACGAGGGUUAAGCAAUUGUGUUUCCGUAAAAUUGAUGGCCGAAUGGCGUCCAUUAGUUAGUGCGCGGCAGCCAUUGUGGUUAACAGUGGCCAUUUUUGUUCGUCCAUCUUUUAUUAUAAACAACUUUGGGAAUUAUGGCGGACCAUCCCAAUAUGAUGUGUGAAGUCGAAAUUCAGCCCGAAAUCCAGGAAUGCGUUGAAAUUGAAACAAUUCCCGUAGAUAUUGGCGAUAACGUGGAAACCAUAGUAGAAUAUGGCGAACCAAUGAUGAAUCCACAAGGCCUAGAGGCCCGAGAACUGAUUUUAGAAACACACGAAGAAAUUAUUGACGAUUCGGGGGACCCUUUGAAUUUGUACGAUGUGCCAGUGCCAGAUCAAGGUGAUAUGUACGUUGAGACUACUGCUGGCCCCUCAAGAAAGCGGAAACACAUUAAAAACCGUGGAAUUCUCCGACGUGAAAACGAGUUCUUGCUUAGUGAUAUGCACGUCGAAUCCAAGCCCAGGAAAUGGGAACAAAAACAAGUGCAAAUCAAGACAAUGGAAGGAGAAUUCUCCGUUACCAUGUGGGCAUCGGGGGCUAGUGACGAUGAGGGUUCGAACCCAGAACCCGACCCCGACUAUACUGAAUACAUGACUGGCAAGAAGCUAACACAAGAAGGAAUGCCUGGACUAGAUCUCUCCGAUCCUAAGCAACUUGCAGAAUUUGCAAGACCUGGAUUAAAGAGUCCACGAGUGCGUCGGCCAAACCAAGACUUAUCAGAAAGGACUAUUGGUAAGAGAACUUGUCCGCAUAAAGGCUGUAACAAAAUGUUUAGAGAUAAUUCGGCAAUGAGGAAACAUUUACAUACACAUGGGCCGAGAGUGCAUGUAUGUGCAGAAUGUGGGAAAGCUUUCGUAGAAAGUAGUAAAUUGAAACGGCACCAGUUAGUUCACACUGGCGAAAAACCAUUCCAAUGUACAUUUGAAGGCUGUGGGAAAAGAUUUAGUCUGGAUUUUAAUUUAAGAACUCACGUAAGGAUACAUACUGGUGAUCGACCGUAUGUGUGUCCAUUCGAUGGUUGCAACAAAAAAUUUGCUCAGUCUACGAAUCUCAAAAGUCAUAUUUUAACACAUGCGAAAGCUAAAUCAAGAAACACGGUGCUUGGCAGACCCCCAAAUAACAUACAAAUGAUGCCAUCUCCUUUUCUCCAAGUUGAAGUUGCGGAUCCGGAGUAUAUUGUAUACACUGAUUAAGUCGAACAUCUGAAGAGUUGAAUGGUGUUUCCGUUACAUUUCAAAUUAAUUUAAGGUAACAAAAUUUUGGAAAAGUCUACCUUGUAAAACCAAAUAUACUUUUAGUUUCGUUUAAUAAGAUUGUUUUAUGAUCAAUAUGAGUUAUUAUCUGUAUCAAAUCAAAUUUGAAAAUUGAACAGUUUGAGGUCAUUGGGGACAAGCGAUCUAAAAUAUUCUCAAGAGGGCCACACUUCCGGUCGGUCAUACCGGAAGUAAGUGCUUGCUAAUUUUAAAUGGAACAUCCUAUACCUCAGUCUAACCGUUUUUGAUAUACAGUGAAAGCUCCGAUAAGCGGAUAGUCAAGCGGAGUCACUGUUCCACAAAAAAUGUCCGGUUAUGGGAGGUGUCCCCAUAAUAGAGAUAUUUAAUUAAAAAUAAAUAUUUACUUUCAGCUUCUUCAUUGUCUACAUGUUUUAUAACAUCUUUCAACGUAGAAACAUAGAAACUUAUCGGGCCGGUUUAUUUACAUAUUCUAUUAUACUAGUUUGGCGCGUUUUUUGAAAUUUUUGAUGAAUAAUGCAAUGCUGGAAAUGGGUUUCAAGGUUAUUAAAAUCUUGAAACGCAAUAAAAUCAUCGCUU